UCUGUCAAUACCAAGACCAUUAUUCGGCGACCCCGAAAUGGCGAGUUUUAAUAGAGAACGCGUCGAACACGCAUUGAACGAGCUCCUAGUGCGCAUCUUACCAGAUGACCCAAACGAAGACGAAGCAGCCGCAAACGAGCGCUUCGAGGAAGCUUUUGACUUUGCCAUCGACAAAUUGGUCGCUGCGGGAGACCCUUCUGUUGUGCCUGAUAUCAAUCAUGUUGCUAGCUUGAUUGACAGGAGGGUUUCAAGAGAUAUUGAUGGGACACAAAAGAGCGCUCGAUUUCACAACCUCCUUUCCCGCCUCAUAUCCCAGCCAGUAUUAAAUCAGAAAUGGAGGAUGCUUUAUUUCCUAAAUCAACUCUCAGAUCUACACACAGAGGCCCGAGCGCCAGCGCGCCUUCCGAUAACGCCUACGAAACAGAGCCAGCCAAAUGCUCAGGCCCUUGGUAGCCCCGCCUUCAGAGACGCCUUCUCUAGACCCGGCUUACCACAGAUACCUGUCAAUGACGGUUCCCCGAAAGCAUCACCUCACCCUAUGCCUCAUGCAGAGAAGCCAGAAAAACGGAGAGAAAGAGGUCCUCAAAAUGUAGUCAAGGAGCAAAUGGCAGACGCAAUACCUUCAGAACAAGCAAACCCUGUCUUUAGCCCUUCGGAACCUGGUUUACUUCGCGACCUUCCCUUCACCCUACAGGGCAUCUCGUCGACAAACCUCACGUUUCCAUCGUCCACUGCCCUUAAGCUUCCGCCCACCCUCCCGGUGCCUCUUAUCAGUCUCCUACAUACUCUCGCCGAGCCAUCGCUUCUCUAUCGCGGACUCUCCGAAUUCGUUGAAUCCACCGAAGGCGGGCUUGUCGGACAAAGUUUUCGGUCAGCACUGGGUAUGGAGUUGAGGUCAUACCUUGGCUUAGUUGCUACUCUGGAGGGACAGAUCAAACGGGCGCUACAAAACAUCGACGAAUCACAACCUCACCGCGGCAUAGGAAAAGCCGGUGUUACUCUCAAGCGCUGCGUCAUCUGGACAAGAGAGGCAACUAUGGGUCUUCGGCUGAUGAGCUUGAUGGUCGAAGAGUCAAAAAGCAAGAAGGGAGGCGAACUGAUAUCCCUAAUCCACUCAUUUUCGUUGUCGCAUGGCGAUCCUUAUGUGGGAACCUUUGCCGAACGCCUCUUGUCGCACGUCACUUGUCCGUUCUACGACAUGCUCCGGCAGUGGAUAUACGAUGGCGAGCUCGCGGAUCCCUUUGGCGAAUUCUUCGUGUCCGAGCAAAGCGAGGAUGAAAUCAGCGAGGCAAACGGGAAGGAGGGCAAGGGAGGCGCCACCAGCGUGUGGGAAGACAAGUACAAGCUCAACGAACGCAUGAUCCCCACAAUAAUCACCGAGGAAUUUGCAAACAAAGUCUUCCUCAUCGGCAAGAGUCUGAAUUUCAUCCGCUAUGGAUGCGGUGACGCUGCGUGGGUGGAUACCUACUCUAAAGAGGCAUCCAAAGAACUUCGCUACGGCGACACAGCCAACUUAGAGCAAUCCAUCGGUGAUGCAUACAAAACUACUAUGGCGCGCCUCAUUGACCUCAUGGCGAACAAAUUCAAGCUCUUCGAACAUCUCCAAGCACUCAAAAAGUACCUCCUCCUCGGCGCCGGCGACUUCAUCGCCGUACUCAUGGAAUCGCUAUCCUCCAAUCUCGAUCGUCCGGCAAACACGCAAUACCGCCACACCCUCACCGCGCAACUCGAACACGCCGUCCGCAACUCCAACGCGCAAUUUGACUCCCCUGACGUCCUCCGUCGUCUCGAUUCCCGCAUGCUCGAACUCUCGCACGGCGAAAUUGGCUGGGAUGUCUUCACUCUCGAAUACAAGAUUGACGCGCCCGUCGACGUCAUCGUAACUCCCUUCGGCUCAAAACAGUACCUCAAAGUAUUCAACUUCCUCUGGCGAGUAAAGCGCGUGGAAUUCGCCCUCGGAUCCACCUGGCGUCGCUGCAUGACAGGUGCUCGGGGGGUCCUCGGCACCGUGACUGAUAAAGUCGGGUCCGACUGGAAAAAAGCACGAUGUGCUGUUGCCGAAAUGAUUCAUUUUGUAAACCAACUACAAUAUUACAUUCUCUUCGAAGUCAUCGAGUCAUCGUGGAACGAACUACAAGAUGCGCUAAGGAAACCAGAAAGCACGCUCGACGACCUGAUUCAAGCGCAUGCGAAGUAUCUAACUAGUAUUACGAGGAAGGGGUUGUUGGGGAGCCAGAGUACGGAUUUUACGGGCCAGUUGCAUGAGUUGUUGAAGACGAUGUUGAGUUAUAAGGAUGCGGUUGAUGGGUUGUAUUCAUUCUCUGUUACAGAGUUUACCAGGAGACAGGAACAUGCGGCGAAGAUUGAAACACGGACGGCGGCGGGGAGAUGGGGAAUUUCCGAAAAAGAUAACGGCCCACCAAGUGGAUCUGAUUCCCCGGAUCCUUUCGCACCGAACAGCAACGGCCGUCAGAAAUCGCGCUCAGACUCUGACUCCCCGUUCCCACCUCCACUCCUUCAUCUCGGUGUCGCGGGGUCAGGCGAAGAUGAUAUUCUCCCUGCGCUUAGAAAACGGCUGGCGAAUUUGCUAGUGGAUUUUAGAGCGAGGGUCAACGUCUUGUUGGGGGAUUUAGCGCACCAGCCAGAUGUCGAUAUGCGCUGGUUGGCAAUGGUUAUGAAUUUCAAUGAUGUAUACCAGCCGGUGAGGAGGAGGAGGAAGGGUGAGAGGGAGAAAAAGAGGGAGAAGGAGACGCCGCAGCCG